AUGGCUACGGGUCUGAAGAUUCUUCGGAUGGUGCGGCUGGCGCGGAUACUGCGAAUCGUGAAGGUGGUGCGCUUCUUCUCGGAGCUCCGCGUGAUGGUGAACGGAGUCAUCGGCUCGGCAAAGUCCCUUGUGUGGGCUCUGCUUUUGCUCCUCCUGGUAAACUUUCUAUUUGGCGUUCUUGUCAUGCAGCUGUCGGUUGAGUACUUGGAGACGGUGGAUUCGAAUGCUGAAUUGCUGGGAUACUUCGGCUCACUUCCUCGCACGAUGCUGACACUGUAUGAAUCAGUCUCUGGUGGCAUAGAUUGGAACAAUGCCGUUACCACGCUUCGUCCUGUGGGUUCGUGGAUGGAAUACAUCUUCUCAGCGUACGUGUUCUUCACGGUGUUCUGCUGCAUGAACAUAGUCACAGGCAUCUUCGUGGACAAUGCAAAAGCCUUGAAGAUCGCAGAUGAAGAGGCCAUGCAUCAUGAGGCGAUGAAGGAGCGACAGAAAUGGAUCGUCGAAGUGGCUGACCUGUUCUCGCGAAUCAGUGAAGAACAUGAAGGGCAGCUGACGAAGCAACAGUUUGUGUACCACCUCUCGAACAGCGACAGAAUAGCGACGUGCUUCUCUCACCUGGGCAUCAACACGGAAACGACCAACACGGACGAGCUCUGGGACCUUUUCGACAUGGAUGACAACGGCCGAAUUGAUCAGGAUGAGUUUGCCAUGGGCAUCAGGCAGUUCCACGGCACUGCCCGUAGCAUUGACCUGUUCAAGAUGAGAAGAGAAGUCAAGGAGGUGCUCCGGCUCGUCAAGGAGGUCACGCUCCAAUGA